UGUCUCAGGUAAUCCGAUUCAUCAUCGAUAUCCUCAGUUAUUUUUCUCUCAUCCUUUCAGAUAAACACGACACAAAAGCUCAGUAUUUCUCUUAUCAAAACGCCACUUGUCCAUUGUCGUUUCGACCCCAUGGAUCACACGCCUGCUGCGCAACGUCGUCUUCGAGCUGUUCAAGACCACCUCUCCCCCACCGCCGAUGAAUCUCCCUCCAACCUCCGAUCUAACCCCACCGCCGGCGAGUUUUUCUCAGAACAAGGGUAUAGUGUUGUACUCCCAGAGAAGUUACAAACUGGAAAGUGGAACGUUUACAGAUCUAUGCGAUCUCCUCUGCAGCUAGUGAGCAAGUUUCCUAAUCAUCCUGAAAUUGGUACCCUGCAUGACAAUUUCGUGCGCUCAGUUGACACCUUUCGAGACUACAAAUAUCUGGGAACACGUGUCCGCGUUGAUGGAACUGUUGGGGAGUACAAAUGGAUGACUUAUGGAGAAGCAGGUACAGCCCGGUCAGCAAUAGGUUCUGGUUUGAUUUAUUAUGGAGUCACAAAGGGUUCCAGUAUUGGAUUGUAUUUUAUUAAUAGACCGGAGUGGCUCAUUCUUGAUCAUGCCUGCUCUGCAUACUCAUUUAUAUCAGUACCUCUGUAUGAUACUCUUGGUCCCGAUGCUGUCAAGUAUAUUGUUAGUCAUGCUGUCGUGCAAGUUAUAUUUUGUGUACCUGAAACAUUAAAUGUAUUGCUGAGCUACUUAUCUGAUAUUCCAACUGUGCGGCUAAUCGUGGUAGUUGGAGGUAUGGAUGAUCAAAUUCCAUCAGUUCCAUCAUCAACCGGAGUUCAAAUUGUUACAUAUUCAAAGCUACUCAAUGUGGGACGCAGCAAUCUCCAGCCCUUUUGUCCACCCAAACCUGAUGACAUUGCAACCAUUUGCUAUACAAGUGGAACAACUGGAACCCCAAAAGGUGCUGUCUUGACCCAUGGAAACUUUAUUGCAAGUAUUGCUGGGGGUACUAUGGAUGAGAAAUUUGGCCCUUCUGAUGUUUAUAUAUCCUAUCUCCCUUUGGCUCACAUUUAUGAGCGAGCAAACCAGGUCAUGGUAGUUCAUUUUGGCAUUGCUGUGGGAUUCUACCAGGGGGAUAGUAUGAAAUUAAUGGAUGACUUGGCCGUCCUAAGGCCUACUAUCUUCUGUAGUGUUCCUCGACUAUAUAACAGAAUAUAUGCUGGUAUCACUAAUGCUGUUAAAACAUCUGGUGGUCUGAAGGAGAGACUAUUUAAUGCUGCCUACAAUGCUAAAAGACAGGCUUUAUUGCAUGGGAAGAACCCUUCUCCAAUGUGGGACAGAUUAGUUUUCAACAAGAUAAAGGAAAAGCUUGGAGGACGAGUUCGGUUAAUGGCAUCAGGUGCCUCGCCUUUAUCCCCUGAUAUCAUGGAAUUUUUAAAGAUUUGCUUUGGUGGUCGGGUGACUGAAGGAUAUGGAAUGACAGAGAGUACUUGUGUUAUAAGCUGCAUAGAUGAGGGUGACCCACUUGGUGGUCAUGUUGGCUCUCCUAAUCCUGCCUGUGAGAUAAAACUUGUGGAUGUUCCAGAAAUGAACUAUACAUCUGAUGAUCAGCCCAAUCCCCGUGGUGAAAUUUGUGUCAGGGGUCCCAUUGUUUUUCGAGGUUAUCACAAAGAUGAAACUCAGACGAGAGAAGUCAUUGAUGAAGAUGGAUGGCUUCAUACUGGAGAUAUUGGAACGUGGUUACCUGGUGGUAGACUAAAAAUUAUUGACAGGAAGAAAAAUAUAUUUAAGUUGGCUCAAGGCGAGUAUAUUGCUCCUGAGAAGAUUGAAAAUGUAUAUGCCAAAUGCAAGUUUGUGGCGCAAUGCUUUGUAUACGGUGAUAGCCUAAAUGCUUCUUUGGUAGCUGUUGUCUCCGUGGAUCAUGAUGUCUUGAAAGCAUGGGCCGCUUCAGAAGGCAUAAUGUAUAAUGAUUUAGCACAACUUUGCAAUGAUUCAAGAGCAAAGGCAGUUGUCUUGACUGAGAUGGAUGCUGCUGGACGAGAUGCUCAGCUUAGAGGUUUUGAAUUUGUAAAAGCUGUCACUUUGGUGACCGAACCCUUUACAUUGGAAAAUGGUCUGCUUACUCCAACAUUCAAGAUUAAGAGGCCUCAAGCGAAGGAAUAUUUCGCAAAAGCAAUAUCUGAUAUGUACAGUGAGCUCUCAAGAACUGAUAAUUCUCAGAAAACGUUGUGAAAUUGAGGGUCUCCCUUCACUCCCCUCAACAGAUAAAUAAAGAAACGUGAUUCAUACCAUCGUAAGGCGAUAGCAGAAGGAUCCAAUGGGUACGAUCUGGCAACUUGUUUUGUCAUGACAAGAGUUGUGUUAGAACCCAACAAGAUUCGUUGCUUUAUUUAGUUCUAGUUGCCUUACGUUAUUUUUACAUAUUUAUUUUUUUGAGUCAUAUUACUAUAAUUUUUAAUAUAUUCAUUAUUAUUAUUA